UUUUUAUGUUUAUCGUAUUCCCCGAAGGUCAUCCUAGUGAAUACUUUCCCUUCCCGGUUUUUAGUAUCAGUAUCCAGUAGCACCAAAACCCUUGUGCAUCGGACAGUCGCGCCCAAAGGAACGUCGCGGGCGCGUUUUAAAAUAAAAUAUUGUUGUCGAUAUGACGUGGAUAAAACAAAAGAAACACAGAAACAAAAUAGAAAAGAACUCCAAAAGUUUGUAUCCACCAUUUAGUCCUUACUUCCAGAUGGCCUGACCUGGCUUGGCUUCCAAGCAAGCUUCCGAGUGACUCUUUUUGUCCGCCUUGGCCACUCACACUAAUCAGUAUCACCAGAUACCACAGCCGCUACAACCCCUACAUACCCUGUCAAGUAACAAUGCCGAGAUAAAAUGAUGCACGGACCCCGAUUAAAAAGUUCUGCAGGUGGGCGGGCUGUGUGUUGUCCAGCCCGGCAACACUUUUCCCACCUUUUAUGACGCUUCGAUUGUAGUUGUCCGCUAGGUGACGCGAAAUACCUCCCAUUGCAAAUAGUAAACGUAUUGUGUUACUACCUGUUUACUACCCACCUAUCCACCCGAUCGUGCCAGUCGCACCAACGCCGGCAACCCGUCUUCACCGGUAGCACCAGUCCUAGGCCUACAUUGUCGCCUUGUUGUUUUGUACCAGUCGCACUGGUGCCGGACUCGUAUAUUCAUCAGGCCUAGUUGAUCGUCAUGAACACGCUGAACAAGGACUACCACGUCGUGCACUUCUUAGAUGAAGGAAGCACAUACAUUGUCGCUGACUGGUGGCUGGUGAAGGACAAGAAGGGAAAAGUGAUCUCCUCCUACUUCCCACCUUCCAAGAACAAGCAGCAGGUCCGGAAUGCAAUUUUAGAUAAAGAAAAAAUUACAAAGGCAUGGUCAAAUCACCCUGUGAGGAUUCUUCAGUCCUACACCAAUCUGCAGCACGCCUUUGACAAUGUGGAUCCAGCUGCCUAUACAUCCCAUUUGGACUCGGAUGAUCCGGUUCCGGUAACCCCAAGACGGGAAAGGGCAAGGGUGCCUGCUAGCCCUGAAAACAGUGACUCGGAUGAUGCAUCGAGAGGAGGGGCUUGUCGCGACAACGAUCCAUCUGACUUGUACGGUAGUUUUGUUUUAUAGUGCUUCCUUCCACACAACUUUAUGGCCCAACUGAAAAACACCACUUCCGCUACUUGCAACGAGUCUGCAGUGUCACACGGCUGCAUGCUCUGGCCCAAAGAGCGCUGCAGGUCCAGUCCUGCCAGUUUAUCCUGUAUCAGGUUAG